UAUAAAAGAGUGAAAACUAAUUUGUUUUAAAUUUUUUGCAAUACUUUUGAUGAAUACGUCACAGCGCCAUGUUGUAUUCCUGCGCUGAUUGCAGGCACUAGAAAUCUGCCAACCCGUUUGUUUUUGGGGUAUAAAACCUGAAAAUAUAUCGAACAGCGAUUUUGUAUCCAAAUAUAUUUUAAUUUAUAUUGUUAGCAAAUGUCAAACAACUUUAGUGGUUUCGAUGCAUACUUGUAGUCGAAUUUUAAGUGCUAACUCAUAAUUUCAACUGCAGUUUUGUGCAUCCGCGAAAGUUGAAAGGACUGUGUUGUAAAAGAAAGAAGUGAUAAUUAGCCAAAAUUCCGGUCCCUACGCGUAGACGAGAAGGUGCCUACCCACCGGGGCAGUCGGGCGAAGGAGAUAUGAACAACAAACGAAAAAAUCGCCAAGGGCCACCGAGAUCGCCCCGGGGCCGCGUGAUGGCUGAGGGCGUGUACAGCAACGCGCACUUCAUGCACGCGGCGACGUCCCACGUCGGCGACACGGUGCAAGUUCUCACCCAGUCCGGCAGCCUCUGGGAGGGCGUGUUCAAGACUUUCAGCGCUCAGUUUGAGGUGGUACUAGAAGUGGCGCACCGCGUGGACCAAGAGGGCGCGGUGGCUGUGGACUCUGUGGUGGAGAAGCUGAUCUUCAAGCCACAGGAUGUGGUCUCCAUCCGCGCCAAGGACUCCGACCUCGAGUACGCCACGCACGACGUCUUCCAGACCGACGCCGCCAUCUCCAAGUUUAAUGGUAACGGUCGGACGGCGGAGGAGCGGCACCUAGAGCCGUGGGACGGGUGCGAGGAGGAGGCGGGGCGGGACGAGCUGGAGCUCGAUCGCGCCAACGGCUGGGACGCCAACGACAUGUUCCGCAAGAACGAGGAGGUGUACGGCGUCCACAGCACCUACGACCACUCGCUAGCGGGGUACACGCUGCCGCUGCAACGGAAGGAUACGCAGGAUUAUAGAGACGCAGAAGCGAAGGCCGAGGAAAUAGCGGCGGAGAUAGAGAGCGCGCCGGCGUACAAGGCGCGCAUAGACCUGGAGAACGGCGACGAGGAGGCGGCGUUCGCAGCCGUCGCGCGCCCCGACACCGGCAAAUACGUCAUACCCAACAAGAGAAAGGGCAUGCAGCCGGGCAAGCCCACGAAGUCGGGAAACGGUGGAGGGGGCGGGGCGGGUGGGGCGGGGUCCGGCGCGGGGGGCAAGCCGUUCACGUCGCGCGACAAGGACCGCCCCCCGCGACACCUGCUCACCCCGCCCGCCGCGCCGCCCGCGCCGCAGCCGCAGCCCGCGCCCGCCACGCCCAGGCCAGAAGAACAGUCCAACAGCCCCGCUUCGAGUACGUCGAGCAGCGGGAGCGGUGCGCACGCGCCGCCCGGCAAGAGCUACGCGGCGCAGGCGGCCGCCUACCACGCCCCCCCACCCUUCCCGCCGCCCUUCGCUCAUCACCAAGCUGCAGCUGGUGGCAAAAUGAAUGGGGAGCCUAGACCGGCACCCAUACCGAGACAAGGGUUCCCGCCACACCAUCACCAUAACCCGCCCCCGGGCGCGGAGAGUCACGCGCGACCGCCGCGGCACCACGUGCCGCACCCCGCGCACGCCCCGCCCCCGCCGCCGCAAGAUGUACGCAAGGAUGAUGUGCAGGAGCUGCGCAAGUUCGGUCAGGAGUUCAAGCUGGUGACGUCAGGGGCCGUGGCGCCGGCGCCGCUGCCGCACGCCUCGCCCGCACCGCCGCACGCGCACCACCCCCCGCCCGCCGCGCCCGCGCCUAUACCGCCACAGCACGCUGUGCCGGCAGCGGCCGCCGCGCCGAGCCCCGGGCCCGCACCGCCGAGCCCGCCCGAGGUGUCCGCCAACGCCGGCGCACCCUCCGACCCGCCCAAACGCACCAUACAUCACAAGCCGGCACCAGUGCCGCCCAAACCCGAGGAGGCGGCGGAAGAGCGGUCGGCGUCGUCGUCGUCGCCGCCGGCGUCCACGUCGCCCGAACGCGUGGAGCGAGUCGCGGCGGCGCUCAAGAACUCCAAGCUCAACCCCAACGCCAAGGAGUUCAACCCCAGCGCCAAGCCGUUCACACCCCGCAGCCCCACCACGCCUAGUCACAGCAGACCACACACGCCAGGUACGCCGGUGGGCAUGGGCGGCGUGGGCAUGGGCGUGGGUGGAGUGGGCGUGGGCAUUGGCGGGGUGGGCGUAGUCGGCGCGGGCGUGAGCUACGUGCCACCGCCGCCGCCACACAUGGUGACGGUGCCAGGAUAUGCUGUGAUCGCGGCGGCAGCGGCGGCCGCGCAGCAGCCCCCGCCCUACCUUUCACAUCCGCACCCCCUGUACGGGGCGGCGAUGAGCGGCGGCGCUGCGAUGGCGGGCGGCGCGGGACAACACGGGCCCAUGCAGCAGCCGCAGAGGAACUUCAGGAAAGGAUCGGGCGUGCAGGUGGCGACGGCGACGGGUCAGCCGCUGCUGGCGCCGGCGCCGAUGCAGCAAUUCGUGCCGUACCCGCACCCGCACCCCGCGCCGCCGCAGCCGGCGCUCCAGUACCAGCACAUGGUCCGAAUGUACCACCACGGCGGUGGCGUCGGUGUGGGCGUGGGCGGCGGUGUGGGCGUCGGGGGCGGGGUCGGAGUGGGUGGGGGCGGCGAGUACGCGCCCCCCGCGCCAUCGCCCGCCGCGCCCUCCCCUGCGCUGUACCCGCCCCCCUCGCCCGCGCACACGCCCCACCCCCACCCACAUCCGCACCCGCAUCCUCACCACCACUACCAGCAGCCGCCUUUCCAGGUGCUGUGCCCCCUGAUGGGCGGCGGCGCCCACCACCACCACCACCCGCACGUGUACCUCAAUCACGCACCGCCCACCGCCAGCCCGCCCCACCACCCCGCCCACCAUGUGCAGCAGGUGCUGCUGCCCCCGCACCAGGCCGGCGCGCCCGUCGCGCACCCGUAACGCGACGCCACG